CUUGAUUUGAAAUAUCAAUGUGGUGGUAGUGUGGUUAUUCAUUAUUCAAUUUACAUUUAUACUCGCUGCGGUUUACUCGUUACUCAGAGUAUUCAUUUCUAAUUAUUAUAUUUAUUUUCUUUCUAAUAUUUAACCUUUUCAUUUAAUUAACUACUAUUAAAGAUGAAGCUUAAGACUAAUAAUUCUGCUAAGAAACCAGUGAAUACAAACAAAAAUAAGUCUCCAAAAAAGCAAGCUAAAGGUGGUGUACAAGUUAGAAAAGAAAAAUCAAAAGAUGUUGUCAAGCCAACUGUAUUGAAAAAAGAAGGAGAAAAAGUUAAAGUAGUAACACCUCCUAAUCCUGAAAAGUUAGCAUUACAAGAGUUGUGGGCUAAAGCUAUUCUAAAUGUUUCGAAUAUGACAAACCUUUCUGAGGAUGAGAGUAGUAUUGCUAAGCUAUUAGUAGAUUACAAAAAUAAAUCUUCUGUUCCGCAAAAGCGUACCAAACUGAAAAAUAUGAUUACAAAAGGAUUUUCUAAAUUUAAGGAUACUAGUGACGAAGUAUUGGAUGGAAUUUAUGAAAAAUUAAUUAAUGAAUUCAAAGCUGUUGGUGGUAACGUAGAUAGUAUAAACAAAGAGAAAUCCAAAAAACCAGAAUCUAAAACUCCAAAAUCUAAAAAAGAAGAAGUUUCUAAUGAUGAAGAAAUGGAUGACGAUGAAGAUGAAGUUGAUGAUGAUGAAGACGAUGAAGUUGAUGAUGAUGAAGAAAUUGAAGGUCUUGAAAUUGAUGAUGAUGAUGAUGAUGACGAUGAAGAAAGCGAAGAAGAAAAACCUAAACCUAAAGGUAAAGGUGCUUUCAAAAAUGGUAAAAGUCAACCAAAUAAAGGUAAAAAUGGUUCAAAAUUCAAAGGUGGCAAAGUACAAAAAAAUAAAAAAUUUGGUAAGAAAAAGUAAGUUCUAUUGUUUGUAACUUAAAUCUUUAUAUUUUUGACGUUUUUGUAUGGUUUUUCAACUUUGUAACUGUAUAAAUUUACAAAUACUUAAUUAUAAUAAAUAUUACUAUUUAUAAAUGAAA